AAGCUUUGCAGGUGAACCAUUUACUAAAUCAGCUUAUAAGUACGUACUUACUGUUUUGGAUAAUCAUGGACACGAUGUUGAAGAUACCCGAAUGCUAUAUCAAGCUAGAAAUCAAUGUAUGGGCUCUCGACCUGCACUCUUAACAUUUAAAGAAAACUUGAAGUAUUCUAAUCAUCUUUGGCGUUCUAAUUUUGAUGGUUCUUUUCAUUCUUUUGAGAUAGAAAAGUUUGACAAUAUAGAUGAAAUCAAAUCCAAAUUUUUCGA